AUGCUGCCAUACAGGAGAACCUACCUGCCCUGCCAGGGCCCGUGGGAGUCCACUCUCAGUCAUCCAAGGAAAGCCCCUUCCCUGCCACUUCUCUCUGUGGUGCUUUGGGCUGCCAUCCUGUGGGCUGGCUCUGUCUCCCACCUGGCCUGGGGGGCAGGGACCUUCACCCUGGGGGUGCUGGGUCCCUGGGACUGUGACUCCAUCUUUGCCCGGGCCCUCCCCAGCGUGGCUGCCCAGCUGGCUGUGGACCGAGCCAAUCGGGACUCCUCACUGUUGCUGGGCUCACGGCUGGCUUCCGUGGUCCUAUCCACAGGCUGUGACACCCCUCACGCCCUGGCCACAUUCCUGGCCCACAAGAACUCCGUAGCUGCUUUUGUGGGCCCUGUCAAUCCUGGCUACUGCCCAGCGGCAGCCCUGCUGGCCCGAAGCUGGGGCAAGACCCUCUUCUCCUGGGCGUGCGGUGUUCCCGGGGGAGGAGGUGAAUUGGCACCCACCUUGCCUUCCGCUGCCCAUGUGCUGCUGUCCAUCAUGAGACACUUUGGCUGGGCUCGCUCGGCCAUUGUGUCCUCCCACCAGGACACCUGGGUGGCCACAGCCCAGCAGCUGGCUACAACCUUCAGGACACACGGGCUGCCUGUGGGGCUGGUAACCUCUUUGGGACCUGGGGAGCAGGGGGCCACCGAGGUCCUGAAGCAGCUCUGCAGCGUGGACGGCCUCAAAAUUGUGGUGCUGUGCAUGCACUCCGCGCUGCUGGGGGGCUCGGAGCAGACCGCCCUGCUGAGCCGUGCGCGGGCCGAGGGCCUGGCGGACGGGAGGGUGGUCUUCCUGCCCUACGACACCCUGCUCUUCGCCCUGCCCUACCGCAACCGCUCCUACCCGGCCCUGGGUGCCGGCGGGCCCCUGCAGGAGGCCUAUGACGCCGUGCUCACCGUCAGCCUGGAGUCCAGCCCCGCAGACGAGGCCUUUGCUGCUGCCGAGCUGGGCGGAGAGGCGGCUGCCCACCUGGAGCCAGAGCAGGUGUCCCCACUCUUUGGAACCAUCUAUGACGCUGUUGUCCUGCUGGCCCAUGCCCUGAACCGCUCUGAGAGCCAUGGGGCAGGGCUCUCGGGGGCCCACUUAGGAGAUCACACGCGGGCUCUGGAUGUGGCCGGCUUUAGCCAGAGGAUCCGGACAGACGAGAAAGGCAGGAGGCUGGCCCAGUACAUCGUCCUGGACACAGAUGGCCAAGGAAGCCAGCUGGUCCCCACCCACACCCUGGACACAGGCACCUGGCAAGUGCAGCCGCUGGGCAGGGCCAUACACUUUCCAGGAGGAGCCCCUCCGGCCCAUGACUCCAGCUGCUGGUUUGACCCAGAUACACUGUGCAUGAGAGAUGCGCGGCCCCUGGGCAGCCUGCCCGCUCUGGCGCUGGCCUGCCUCCUGGCGCUGGCCGGCGGGGCCCUCGCUUGGCUCCUCAGAUUGUGCAUCCAGCGGCUGCGGCUAGUGCGGGGUCGCCACUGGAUCCUGCUGACCGCCCAGGAGCUCACCUUCGUCCAUCGGCCCCUGAGCAGACGGAGACUGCGUGUGGACAGUGAGUCAAGAAGUGUGGUGGAUGGUGGGAGCCUGAAGUCGGUGGCCCAGGGCUCAGCAAGGAGCCUGCCAGCCCCCCAGGAGCCCACCAACGUGGCCCUGUACCAGGGAGACUGGGUGUGGCUGAAGAGGUUCGAAGUGGGCCUGCCACCCGAGCUGCGCCCGAGCUGCCUCCGCCUCCUGAGAAAGAUGCGGGAGCUUCAGCAUGAGAACGUUGCCACCUGCCUGGGCGUUUUCGUGGCCCCUGGCGCCAGCGCGCUGGUACUGGAGCACUGCCCCCGGGGCAGCCUGGAGGACCUGCUACGGAACGAGGCCCUGCCGCUAGACUGGACCUUCAAGGCCUCCCUGCUGCUGGAUUUGAUCCGCGGCAUGCGGUAUCUGCACCAUCGAGGUUUCCCCCACGGCCGCCUCAAGUCCCGAAACUGCGUGGUGGACGGUCGCUUUGUGCUCAAAGUCACUGACCACGGUUAUGCAGCACUCCUGGACGCUCAGCGGGCUCCACGACCCCGGCCAGCCCCAGAAGAGCUGCUGUGGACGGCUCCUGAGCUGCUGCGGGAGCCUGCAGGGCCCGGGCCGGGCACCUUCAAGGGGGACAUCUUCAGUAUUGGCGUCAUCCUGCAGGAGGUGCUGACGCGAGGCCCGCCCUACUGCUCCUUGGGACUCUCAGCAGAAGAAAUCAUCAGGAAGGUGGCAUCUCCCUCUCCUUUGUUCCGUCCGCUGGUGUCCCCGGACCACGGGUCACCUGAGUGCAUCCAGCUGAUGAAGCAGUGCUGGGAGGAGGCUCCAGAGGACAGACCGAGCCUGGACCAGAUCCACACCCAGUUCAAAAGCAUCACCCACGGCAAGAAGGCCAGCGUAGCCGACUCUAUGCUGCGGAUGCUGGAGACGUACUCGCGGCACCUGCAGGACUUGGUCCAGGAGCGGACCGAGGAGCUGGAGCUGGAGAGGCAGAAGACAGAAAGGCUGCUCUCCCAGAUGCUCCCUCGAUCUGUGGCCCAAGCUCUGAAAAUGGGGGUGACUGUGGAGCCGGAGUAUUUUGACCAGGUCACCAUAUACUUCAGUGACAUUGUGGGUUUUACCACCAUCUCAGCCCUGAGUGAACCCAUUGAGGUGGUGGGCUUGCUCAAUGAUCUCUACACGCUGUUUGAUGCUGUUUUGGGAAGCCAUGAUGUGUAUAAGGUGGAGACCAUCGGGGACGCCUACAUGGCGGUGUCGGGGCUGCCUCGGCGCAACGGGAGCCGGCACGCGGCCGAGAUCGCCAACAUGGCCCUGGACGUCCUCAGCUCUGUGGGCGACUUCCGGAUGAGGCAUGCGCCCGACGUCCCCGUCCACGUCAGGGCUGGCCUGCACUCAGGGCCCUGUGUAGCAGGGGUCGUGGGUCUCACGAUGCCUCGGUACUGCCUCUUUGGGGACACCGUCAACACUGCAUCCCGGAUGGAGUCCACGGGCCUGCCAUACAGAAUUCACAUCAGCCGAAGCACUAUGCAGACGCUGCUCAGCCUUGAUGAAGGCUACAAAAUUGACAUCAGAGGUCAGACUGAGCUGAAGGGCAAAGGCGUGGAGGAGACCUACUGGCUGGUGGGGAAGGCAGGCUUCCCCAGACCCCUCCCCAAGCCCCUGGACAUCAAACCUGGAGAGCCCUGGCAGGACCUCAUAAACCAAGAAAUCAAGGCAGCCUUUGCCAGAGCUCGCCAGGAAGCGGCUGGGACCCGGAGAUCAGGGACGGCGUGGGUCCGGACCUGA